AUGGCAAUGGACUCCUCGUCAGGGAUCAAGAAAGCGUCGUCGGCAAGCUCAAUGUCCUGUGCAACGUUGUUGGUGAUACGGCCUUGUCCAAUACCUUCGGUGAACGAGGAGCCUGAUCUCUCGAGACUCUUACCGCCUGUCUUGACGUACGAGGUACACCUCGCAACCGAGCAGCUUAAGCGUCUGGAUCUUGGAUGGUGCCUGGGUGUUGGGCAUAUAGAUCACCACGUUGUAGCCCUUGGCACGGGCAACGUGUGCAAGACCAAUCCCCGUGUUUCCUGCUGUUCCUUCAACGAUGGUUCCGCCAGGCUUGAUGAGUCCCUUUCUCUCUGCCUCCUCGAUGAAGAACAGAGCGGCUCUGUCUUUGACGGACCCGCCAGGGUUCAUCCACUCGGCCUUUCCAUAGACGUUGCGGCCAAUUUCGUCGCUGAGACGGUUGAGUCUGAUGAGCGGGGUGUUUCCCACGGCGCCGGGCAGGCCCUUUGCCGAGGUCAGUGCCUGGAACGAGGCGUCGUACGAGCUCGAAACACGCACGGUACCGGAAAAGAGUCGCUUGAACAUGAUUAUCAAGAUCUUUAG